ACGUACAGCAGCAGUCAGCAGUUCCCUGUAGUCUCAUCUGAGCUUGUUGGUUUCCCGAUUAUUACAUUACGAAACCGACUGGUGGCACGACAUUUUUUUUUUGAAUACUUGUUUUUAAUUUGUCUUUAUUUUCUAUCUUUUGGUCAACCAGACAACACUUACGCUGACGUUCCUUUAGUAAAGGUCGUUUUUCCAGCCCCUACACUUUGCUCAAUUCUUUACUAAAAUUCUUUGCCAAGCCGCCAAAGUGGAGAGUGUCGUCGCACCAGGGGGACCUUCUCGUUUCAGUGUAGGGGGAGGAGGUGGGGGUGCACCUCAGCACUAUCCCAAGACUGUCUGCAACGGCGAGUUCCUGGGGAAAACCCCAGGUCCUGGCGUUCAGAGAUGGAUUCCUUCACGAAACACUAGACGAGAUGUCAAUUCCUCCAACGAGAAAGGACAAGAUGAUGCAAUCUUCAGGAAAGUAAGAGGCAUACUUAAUAAGCUGACCCCUGAAAAGUUUGACAAACUGUGCCUGGAGCUCCUCAAUGUGGGUUUGGAUUCAAAAGUUGUCCUAAAAGGAGUCGUCUUGUUGAUUGUUGACAAGGCCCUUGAAGAACCCAAGUACAGCCAGCUAUAUGCACAACUAUGUCUUCGCCUGGCAGAGGAUGCACCAAACUUUGAAGGCCCAUCAGCAGAAAGUCAAGCAACUCAAAAGCAAAAUACUACCUUUAGAAGGCUUCUGAUCUCUAAACUUCAAGAUGAAUUUGAAAACCGUGCCAGGAAUGUUGAUGUCUUUGACAAACAUGACAACCCGCUCACCUCUGAAGAGGAGGAGCAGCGCGCUAUUGCAAAGAUCAAGAUGCUGGGUAACAUCAAAUUCAUCGGUGAACUUGGCAAACUCAAUCUUAUCCACGAAUCCAUUCUUCACCGAUGUAUUAAAACACUUUUGGAGAAGAAGAAGAGAGUCCAUCUUAAGGAUAUGGGUGAAGAUUUGGAAUGCCUCUGUCAAAUAAUGAAAACUGUGGGACCUAAAAUUGAUCAUGCAAAGGCUAAGUCCCUGAUUGAUCAGUACUUUGGACGCAUGCAAUCCUUAAUGAACAACAAGGAUUUGCCAGCAAGGAUUCGCUUCCUGUUGCAGAACAUGGUGGAGCUGCGAGAAAACAACUGGGCUCCUCGCAAAGCUUAUGUGGACAACGGGCCAAAAACCAUUCACCAAGUUCGCCAGGAUGCCGUAAAGGAUUUGGGUGUGUUCAUUCCACCAUCCAAUGAUGUGAUGAGGAAUGACUUCUUCACAGACCAUAACUCCUUCCUGCCAUCAAGGAGAGUUGAAAGGGAGCCUCUCGGUGGGCUCGCUGACAUGUUUGGACAACUGCCUGGGAUUGGCAUUGGAACUGGUCCAGGAGUGAUUCAAGACCAUUACUCCCCCACUAUGAGUCGUCAUCGUGCAAGCCCACUGUUCAAUGGCCAUGUGGGAAAUGGCAACGCUUCACACCAGCCUCAGUUUGAACCAGGAAGUAAGCCAUUCACAAAGCCAAAUCAGGGGCAGAAUUCACCAGUUUUCAGCCAUAAACAGAAUCACUCAGCACAAGUACAGUCGAAGGAUGUGGGUCCAAGGUUCAGCAAGAAAGGAAAGCUCAAUGUUGAUGAGAUCAGUCUGAGGCCGGCUCAGUCCUUCAUCAUGAAUAAAAACCAAGUGCCAAAGCUGCAGCCACAGAUGACGUUGAUGCCUCAAACUGGUUCUCCAAUCGGACAGCUUGGCCUCAAAAGUAAUCCUCCUCCAAUCCAGGAAAAGCCAGCAAAGUCCAACAAAAAGGCUCCACCGACUAAGGAAGAGUUGCACAAAAUGACAGAUACGCUCAUGACAAACUAUCUGAAUGGGAAAGACAUCGAGGAGGCUGUAAGCGCUGCAAAGGAAAUGAAAGCGCCUAAUUACUUCUUAUCUGAGAUGCUGAACAAGAUGAUCAUGUUCACACUCGAGCGGUCCGACGAAGACAAGGAAAAUGCGAGCAAACUGAUCCAUGCUCUCUCCACAGAGGGAGUCAUCAGCCGUGAAAGCCUUCUGCCUGCCUUCUUGCGUGUUCUGGACCAGAGCCCUAAGAUCGAGGAAGAAAUCCCUCUGGUGAAAUCCUACCUGGCCCAGUUUGCUGCUCGAGCUGUCAUCGCCGAUCUGGUCAGCAUUGACGACUUGGCUCAUCAGCUGGAGAAUGGUACCCACUUCCCCCUCUUCCUGCUGUGCCUGCAGCAGAUGGUCAAACUGAAGGACAAAGACUGGCUGGGCGACCUUUUCCAGCAGAGCAAGGUCAACAUGCAGAAGAUGCUACCUGAAAUUGACCAGAACAAGGACAGGAUGUUGGAAAUUUUAGAGGGCAAAGGUCUUGGCUUUCUGUUCCCACUGAUGAAACUGGAGAAGGAGCUGCUGAAGCAGAUCAAAGUGGAUCCGUCACCACAGUCCAUCUACAAGUGGAUCAAAGACAACAUCUCACCCAGACUUCACACCGAUAAGGGCUUUGUCAACAUCCUUGUGACCAGUCUUCUGCAGUACAUCGCUUAUGAGAUCAACCCAGACGACGAUGAGGAGCAGCUCGCAGCGCCCAGCAAGGAGCAGCUGGACGAGGAGAAGCAACUGCUGCUCUCCUUCAAGCCCGUCCUGCAGAAGUUCCUCCAUGAUCACAUUAACCUGCAAGUCAGUGCGCUGUAUGCCCUGCAAGUCCACUGUAACACCAAGAGUUUCCCCAAAGGCAUGUUGCUGCGCUACUUCGUGAACCUUUACGACAUGGAAAUAGUCGAAGAAGAAGCCUUCCUCUCAUGGAAAGAAGAUAUCACUGAGGAGUAUCCUGGAAAGGGGAAAGCUUUAUUUCAGGUGAACCAAUGGCUGACCUGGCUGGAGACGGCUGAAGAGGAAGAGUCGGAGGAGGAAGAUUACUGAGGGAGAGCAGCCAAAGCCAUGUGUUAUUAGAGAGCAACGACUUAAAUCUUUUUUUUUUUCCCUUAUCUUGUCCCUUCUUUUCUGGCGCAUUUCAGUCAUCUUGGGAUCAGAGGAGUAGGCAGUGAAUUAAGGAAAACGUAUCGCUUGACCUGCUCUGUUACCCUUUUGUUUCUAGUCGGAGUAACGAGUGCAACUUCCUUAAACUGUUUACAAAGACCAAGAUUUUUCCUUGUUUUCAUCUGCAUUUAUAAUCCAGAUUUUUGAUGCACUUUGCUUAACAUCAUGAGUUGUUGCAAUAGUGAAAUUCUUGAUUUGCUUCAGUUUAAUAAUUAAGGGCCUUAUUUAGCUUAAAUUUUCUAAAGGAUAUCUUAAUCUAUAAUGAACAGUCGUGGUCAGGCUUACUUGCACAUUAUGAUCUCUUCACAUUUAGCUGAAUAAAAUCAAGAUCUUUUUAAUGUAUGAAACGUUUCUUUCCUAGAAUGAAUCGGUGUGGCCUUUUUAAUUUAUCAGUUCGUCUAGAUAUACCUCUAAAGUGUCUGACUAUACUUGAAUGUCCUGAUUUGACAUUUGUACAGCUAGAGCAGACGUAACUACGCUGCAGCUGUUAACCACUUGUAAAAAUGACAUCUGUUUGCAAUAUUUUUAAAGGGUCUUUUUAUCAUGAAAUUGAGGAUAUGCUGUCUGUGUACACCUGCGCCUUUAAAUGUAAUAAGUGCUCGAAGUUCAGUGUACAACUAAAGAUCAAUCUUGAAUAAAGUUGGACUGUUUAA